GUCGACAAUUAUAAUCAAAGAAAGUUUUUAAGUGCAGAUAUGUAAAAAACAUAAUUGAGACAUUUAUAAAAUAAACCAAUUAAUUUCAAUUUCUUAAUAGUGGAUACAAAAAUUCAGAAUAAGUUCAGUAUAAGUUUAUUUCAUUCGUCACCUCAUACAACUACCUAAAAAUAUUGUUGGAACUUGCGAAUUUGUCAAUUAAUCAGUUAUGGCUUAUGUUUGAGACGGUAUUUUGUUCUUGAUUGUCCGCAAUCAUGGUACCAGUAGCGAUUGAAGGAUGCAACCAAGGGACUGAGGGUGGAGGACCUAGAAGUGGAUCAAUUUCUCUUGGUUUAUUAAUUGAUUUUAUAGUUCAAAGAACUUAUGAUGAACUCACAGUGUUGGCUGAAUUACUACCUCGUAAAACUGAUAUGGAACGCAAGAUUGAGAUAUAUAAGUUUAGUGCUAGAACCAGGCAACUAUUUGUGCGAUUAUUAGCACUCGUUAAAUGGGCUAGCAGUGCUACAAAAGUGGACAGAUCUGCACACAUAAUGGCUUUCUUGGAUAAACAAGCACUACUUUUUGUAGAAACUGCAGAUGUUUUAGCUCGUGUGGCUAGAGAGACAUUGGUUCAUGCGAGAUUGCCUACUUUCCACAUGGCAGCCGCUGUAGAGGUGUUGACUCUAGGCACAUAUAGCCGUUUGCCUGCUGUUAUACGUGAGAGACUUGUGCCCCCACCAUCACUUACACCUGGUGAACGUCGUACUACUUUGCGUGCACUUGCCCAUGUUGUUCGGCAGCGUCUCACUACAGCAUCAUUACCAAGUGAUAUCAGAAACUUAAAGGUAGAGAAUGGGAGGGCCACUUUUUCUGUUGGUCAAGAAUUUAGUGUAUCUUUAACAGUCAUGGGUGAUACACCUAAUUUACCUUGGCGAUUAUUAGAUAUAGCUAUACUAAUACAAGAUAAUGAAACUGGAGAGGGCAAAUCCUUAGUGCAUAGUUCCCAACUAAAUUGGCUUCGGGGUGUUGCACAAGCAAGAUUAGCAGCUGCUGGUCUUGGUGGAGCACUAACAGCUCUUCGCUACUUCUGUCGUUCUCUCUCAUUGGAAUUAUUGUAUACACAGACUCUCAGGCUUUGUCGCGAUCGUUUAGCCCGACAUCUGCAAGUGGACAGAUAUAUACCUGGGCAGAAAUUACAAGUUUCAUAUUGGAGGGAACUGGGCUGUGAGCUGGGCUACCGGCUGAUAGUGGGCGCCGAGGCCGACUCUCUGUGCGUGUGGCACGUUCCGGCACUGGCGGGCGGCGAGCGUGUGGCCAGUGCGCUCACGCCGCACGCACCGUCCAUGGAGCGCCUGCUGGCGCACACUGUGCACGUUCGCUCCCGGCAGCGACUCAACGACCUCAAAGUUCUGCUCAAUGACUUAGGAGUGGAGUGCAGUGUCGGUGGCUGGCCGUGCGUGCUCGCGUGCUCCGUGGUGUGGCCGUGCCUGCGCGCGGAGCAGCUGCUGGUCUCGGUGGGCGCGCACGGCGGGCGGCUGCGCGCACGCGUGCCCGCCUACCCCGCCACGCCGCGCAUGCCCGAGCUGGCCAAUGCGCUCACCAUCGCCGACCGCACGCUGGUUCGAAAUCUAUUAACACAUCUCAGGUUUUGGUUAGUGGCGCGUCGGUGUGAGAAGACGCUACAGCACUUACCGGCGAGCGUGUGUGAACACUUGCCUUUUCUUCAUGGUCCUGAUCAUCCGCUAAACAAGCUAUCGCCUGAUCGUCUAUACGUCACGCUACAUAGACACACUGAUCACAUAUUAGUGGUAGAGAUGAAGGAAGUGGCCGCGGGUGGCACGGCGACCACCAGCUCCAGCAGCAACAGCGGCAGCGCAUGCAGUGUGGCGCUGGCCUUCCACCUGGCCGGCGCGCGGCGCUGCACGCCCGACGAGUGCGAGGACGAGGUCUCUGCCAGCUCAGCCACACCGGCGACUUCUCGUGCCUUUCUGAGGCUGCAUUCGCUUGUCGAGCUCGACACUUUCACACUAACACACGGCCCCUUCACUCCUCUAGAUACACUGGGUAUGCAACCGGGAAAACGCAAAUUAUCAGCGGCCAAUAAUCGCAACGUGCGGGUCCGUCAACCCGCGUACUUCCUGCCCGAGCUGGCGCACGUCGUCGCCGCUGCCGACGAGCGGGUGCCGUUCGUGAAUAUCGCACAAGAGCUGGCAGCGCGCGGCGUGACGCACGGCGGCGUGCAGGCGGAGUGGUCGGGCUCGGCGCUGGGCAUGCGCAUCGUGGCGCUGCCGCGGCCCGAGGGCGCCGGCGAGGGCGCGGCGGCGGCGCUGCGCGCGCGCCUGCUGGCCGCCACCGUGCGACUCACCACCAAGAACCAGGCUCGCGUGUGGACCGCGGAGAUCGUGUUCCACGGCUCGCCCGUGCCCACGCCUAACCCUAAAGAGCAAGGAGAACGACGUUGUGUGUAUCUACAGUACGAGCUCGGGACUGACGCCGGCAGGACGGCGGACGCGUUCCUUGCCGAUUGGGCCGCCAUAGUACAUCUUCAUACACUUCUAUACGAUUUUAUGCUCAGACCAAGUCAAGAGCGCGAGUCGCUGUGGCAGGGCGUGUGUAUCCGCUCGUACACGUACCGCUCGCUGGUGCUGGGCUUCGGGCCCGCGCAGCGCGCCACGGCCGUGCUGCAGUGGAGCGCGGCGGCGCAGCGCUACACCGUGGCCACGCCCGCGCACCAGCCCGCCGCCAACGCGCACCACCUGCUGCACCACCACCUCGACCACUACCUCAACUGGCACAAAGACCUGAUGUCGCUGGGCGUGGUGCUGCGCGAGACGUACGCGCCGCUGCUGGCGCUGGGCCGCCUGCCGGCGCUGCCGCAGCUGGGGCUGCACCACGUGCGCACCCUCAUGCCCACGCCCACCUUCACGUUGCUGGCACACUCCUGGCGAAAGAUUCGCAUUAUAUACGCCGGCGCUUACUCCAUCGAAGUGGGUAUCCGCGGUGGGAACAUGGUGACGAUACGCGAUGGCUCAUAUUCGAAAUUCGAUAGAAGUCCAGUCGUUGACGAGUUUGCCCCAGCACAUGGACUAAAGACUUUCUUGUCACGAUACGUCGACGACAAUAUCAGCGCGAGAUUAUUGGCAGAAGAUGACAAUCCGCCGUCACCUAUGUCACCGAUGCCGCCAGGCGGACUUCGAUUCAAUGCUCCUCUGACUCCCCCGCAGCCUCAUACUCCACAUUCGGCACCCGUCACACCGCACCCAGCUUCGCCUGCACAUCAGAUGGGAGGUGGUUCUUUCAACUUGACGUCUCCCCCGGGCGCAGCGAGUGGCGCGGGAGGGGGCGGCGCGGCGGGAGGGGCGGGCGGCGGCGGCGCCGGUGUGUCGGCCUCGCCCGCCUCGCCCCUCGCACCCUCCCCGCUGGCGCCCGUUGCCUCGCCGCACCCGCCGCCCACGUCGCCCUUCACCACGUGGCCCGCUUCGCCUUCCUUACCGCGCCCGUCGCCGGGGCAUCACCCAUCGCCUCGACAUCAUAUGGAGCACAAGGGUCCGCAGGCGAGCUCGUCCACGAGCAGCCGCGGCAUGGGUGGGUUGUCAGGUCGCUCGUGGGGUGGUACGCCUGGCACGCCGCUGGCGGUGAGCAAGCUUGAGGCGCUGUGCUCGCCCGCGGAGCCCCCGCCUGGCGCCCCUCCAGGGCCUCCACUCGCGCCGUUACAGCGCUUCCUCGCCUGCGUCUACAUGAAACGCGCGUUACAGCGAUUCGUGCACCAGGAGGACUAUUUAACGAUGGUUUCGACGGAUGCGACGUCGCUGACGUUCCGCUGCGACACUGCGGGGCUGGCAGCGCGAGUGGCUCUGCACCCGCAACACAUGCAGUCCUUACAUCUGCAGCUCACGCCACUCGCCGACGUCAAGGACAACUGGUCUGCCGAUGAUUUGCAGGUGAUGGAGAAGUUCUUCGAACAACGCGUCGCAAUAGCCCCCUACCGCGCCACAGCGCUGCAAGGUUGGGCUCGAGCAUGGGGCGCGCCGGCUGCGGCGCUGCCGUCGCUUGUGGCGCUUAUGCGGGCCGACCUGGCCCCCAUCGCACCCGCCCUAUGGACGUUGCACUGGGUGCUUCGCAUCCCGCCCGCCGGCCCGCUCAUCGUACCAGCUGGCCAACCCGCUGUGCUGCUCGCUAAACACAAGAUACUCUUCUUUAUAUGUUUAACGCGCGGCGAAACACAACUCGUCUUACCGUUGGUGUACGACGUUCAGUCGAACGCGAUGCAAAUCGCCGAACGACGAGACGCACAGCAACCGCAUCUCAAUGCAGUCAAUUUACAACUAAAGCGGUUCGCGGAAUUCAACCAGGGCCACGGCGAGUGCAUCCUGUGGCCGGCGGUGCGAGACCUACUCAUCAACUUCACGCUGCCGCAGGAGGCACCGCAAGCGCCCGCGCCGCCGCCCACGUAGCGCGAGCUGUCGCGCGCCGCGCUCAGCCUGUAACCCCCACGGCCGGAGACGCUUGCGCGCUCAGAUCUCUUUGGGUGAAGCGACUGCCGGAGCUGUUUUCGUUUAAAAUUUUCUGUUUUUAUUAUUAUAUAACAGCAUUUAAAUGCACCUCUCAUCGCAAAAUAAGAAGUGUUGAAACGAUAAAUCUGACUGCAUUAGAUAAGUACGUAGUUUAAAUUAAGUAUAUUGUUCAUAUCGUAAGUUAUCAAAUGUAAAUUUGUACAAAUAAAAAAUAAAAUUUGUUUAUGACUAUUU